CCUCUCCAUCAUGCCACCCCGACGUGCAAAGCGCGCUAAAGUGGAGUCUGUGGUCGAUGCGACACCCUCGUCGAGAGAUGUCGUCUCCCUGCCCACUCGCACAUCAAGCGCGUCAGAGCUUCCCGUGGAACUCUUUAUGGAAAUAUUAUCAUACUUUCCUCGCGCGCCGGUUGGGGUUCCUCGCUAUGGGGUAUAUAUUGACAGCACCCCACCCGCUUCCUCUCUUGAGCGCACCGACCUCCUCAGAGCUCUCUCCCAGACGUGCCGACGGUGGAGAUUGAUUUUUCUACCUCUGCUUUGGGAGUGCCUCGAGGUCUGCACCACCAGAUUCCAGAAACCCGCGUGGUAUCUUUGGCUCGCCAGGUCAUUGGAGAGGAAAAGCAAAGGCCUCACUUCAAGCCCUCAACACGCAUGCGUAAGAGUCAAACUUUCACGUUGCUCAACGGCAACAGUCCUGCCUGCCUUUGUUAGUUGUCUUGGGGCGCUGCCCAACCUACACACGCUGUCGAUCAUUUUCGCACAUACCAAGAUGACCAGUAGCCUCAAAUCGGCUUUCGAAGGCCGAACGUUUCCGAGUGUGCGAACGGCGGUUGUCCCAAACCAUGCUCACAAUGUUUUGAGAAGCUGUCCAGAAGUGCGAAGGGUAAUUUGUAACUAUGGUGAUGGAAGCACGCUUGUGAGCGCGAUAGGUAAGGAAUGCAAAAGGGUUGAAGUCAUCGAGGGCUUUCAGCCAGACGAAAAGAUGAUGAAACGAAUCGUGAAGGCUGCGCCUAACCUUCGGACCGCCAGGUUCUCUCGCUCUAUUACUCCUGCGGCUCUUCUUCUGUUAUCUUCUUUGAAAAACCUGGUAAACAUUGAGCUUCAUACUGAUGUCCAGAGUGAGGCAGCCAUUGGGAAUGAUGCCCGCUUGGUAGAUUGCAUAAAAAUAGCGAAAGGAAUGCUUCGAAAACGCGAGGGGACGAAGUCAUUGAUAGUGAGCCAUUUUGCUUAUAUUUGCGCCUCGUUGGGCGGCUGGAGCAAGAACAUUGAGCUCGAUUAGUUAAUUUUUUCGAUACAAGCGGCAGACUUCAUGGACAACCUGACAUUGACAUCUUGUUA